CGCAGACGGUAACAGGGAAAUCUCUGCUGCUGAGGGUUUAUGGUCCAGGGAAGAUUACACUUGUCAGCGAGCAUUUCGGAAAAUGAAGGACUUGAGGAUUUGUAAGGAUGUAAUUUCCUUUGCUGCUUACCAGGGUCUGACUUAAUUUUAUGUUCUCAAACUUUGCUUGAGGUGAGAUUAAGACUAUGGACAACUACAGGAAGGCUUAAAACAUUUCAAUAGUAAGUUUCUGAUUGAAAUGUUUUAAUGUAGACUGGUUUUGGGAAGGGAUUCCAUUUCGUGAGUGGACCCUGAGGUCUUCCUCCUGCCUGGAGCUCCUCUGGUAGGGUGGAAUGUAGCCCUGAUCCCUUCCCACUGGCUCAACAUGUUUGUCCAGGUGUCUGCCUUUUCCAUAAAAGGCAGGGGUCGCUGGACUCAACCCACAUUCAACAAGCGCUGCAGCAAAGAAAAAUGACACAACGUGUUUAUUUGGUUGUUUUACUUUUGUGUCUUAGAUUAAUGUGUCCUCUGGUAACUGGAAUUUUUAUGGACAAGCUUGCCAGCAAGAAGCAGUGUGCUGAUGACAACUGUGUCUACACCAUUUCCCUUGCCAGAGCAGAAGAGGAUUAUGAUGCUCCAGACUGCAGAUUCAUUAAUAUUAAAAAAGGGCAGUUGAUUUAUGUUUACUCAAAACUGGUAAAAGAAAAAGACUCUGGAGAAUUCUGGGCUGGAAGUGUUUAUGGAGAACAGUAUGAAGACCAUAUGGGGACAGUGGGUUAUUUUCCUAGCAGUUUAGUCUCAGAACAACAUGUUUAUCAAGAAGCAAAUAAGACUGUUCCUACAACGGACAUUGAUUUUUUCUGUGAAUAGCUCUGAAAGCAGUUGAGUAAUUUUGGCUGCUACCAGGGGAAGCCGACAGGAGGAAACCUGGACACCCUCCCUGAACGCACAGCCCUUCCUGUUAAUAGAUGUUUGUGAAACAAGUAAUCCUUCUUCAAGACAAGAAAGUUUUCAUUUAAAGGGAGUGAUUUGGGAUGGGGAAAUAAUCUCACACAGGAUUUAUUCUUUAGAAUUUUUACCUGCAUAUACUUCAUUACUUGUUAAUAAAGCUAAUAGCCUUUGAA